AUGAAAGAGAAAAAAACGAAUUACAGAAGUGAGUCCAUAUUCUCCGCCAACAGGAACCCCUUUGAGGUACUGGAGACCAUAGACGAUGAAAAGGAAGCAAAGAGGAGUGCAAACUUUUUUAAUAACAAUAAAAAUAUUCUACUAAAUUUGUUCGCCAAUCCGAAUAGUAAUAACCAUGUGGAUAGCAUUCUCUUGCAGAAAAGACGUCACCUUAACCGUGGCACGAAUGCGAAGAAAAAAGAAUGUAAGAAGAUGGUGGACAAGAAGGAGGAGACAAGCAAAUCGGAACCAAGCAAAUCGGAACCAAGCAAGGGGGAUGUUAAGACUGUAAGGAAUCGCUCCGUCUGUGCGAACAAAAAAUGGAUUCAGAAUUUCUGUUGGUUCUGUUCCCUUCACCUCUUGGAUGAAGUUCUAGAAAAGGAAAUAUAUAAAGAAAAAAUACAUCCACACGUUUACGAUUUAAUUUAUGAUGAGAAUACCUACUUCGACACGAGCUCCGUGAUGAGUGUGCCAUACGAGUUUGCUCGUUUUAUGCUGACUCAGCUGGACAGCAACAUCCUACAUGAUAUUAAGAUCAAUAAUAUUAUUAAGGAGGAGAAGUACCUAUUUAAAAAGUUUUGUAGAAAGUAUAACUACAGGAAAAGAUAUAGGAAGGUUUGUAGUGGUCCCGGUUCAGGGAGGCCCCUCUCUAGCAAUGGUGGCAACGGUAGGAGCCGUAGUAGCCGCAGUGGCGGCAGUUGUGGCAGCGGAGGCAGUGCCUACAGUGACUACAGUAGAGACAGUAGCCGGAGCAGUGGCAGCGUGAAGAGCGACCACAGCUUGGUUUACCGCAGCAGGAUGAUGAACACUCGUUACAGCAACUAUUUGAACCUACGAAAGGAGCUCUUUAACAGUGAUAGGGAUGGUGGGAAUGUCUUGGAUGGCGUGAAUCGCCUGAAUUGCAGGAAUCGCCUCGGGGGUAGCUCCCAGAAUGUAGCCAAACUCUUCUACAACAGCAAUGACUUGGAUAACUGUGACAGCACGGGCCUCUUUUACUGCAGGAAGGAAGCACUGCCCGAUGAGGUGAGCAGCAACAAUAACUCUUGUGACACCCUCUCCUUCGACGGUGAAGGGAGGAGCAGGAGAGAGACAGAAAAACCUUCCCGAUUGACAAACGUUUGGGAGGCGCUGAAUGGUAAGGGUGGUGAACAGAUCAGCCCUUCCCUCAGCAACAGCAGCAGUGUCCGAGUUGCGCUCAGUUACAGCCAGGGCAGGCACAGAAAGAAGCUGAGCGAGUCGAACGCGUCGUCCCAAAGCGUUUGGAAGAGUCUAAUGGGACGAAGUGGAAGAAGUAAUGGAAGCGAUCGGAAUGGCCGCAGCGGUACCGACUUCAGUGUAGGACGGAUCGCGACGGGGGAGAGGAAGGAGAAGAAGAAGGAAAGAUUAGUGAGUACGAGAGAGCUGCGCAGGCGCCGUUUCGCCAGGAGGGGCGUGCGUAAUAAUGUGGACGUGAAGGGUGACUCCCUGUUCGAGCGUUUAUUGAAGAGAAGCAACUCGUUCAGUAUACAUCGCCUGGAACACGGGGGAGAGGCUACCGGGGGAGAUAUCCCCCCUGAGGAGGAGCGGAAGGAUCGCUUCAGCAGCCGAAGCCAUAGGAUCUACAACAAAUACAAGCACAACCUGAACUACAUAAAACAGUUCUACUACAUAGACGAAACGAAGAAGAAGCCUUUCCCGCUGUGUCUGUACAAUAUUAUCAAAUCGUACGGGACGAUUAAGCAGUGCUCGCGGUGCUAUUGCUUCUUUAACUGCAUCAGUUGCCAUUGCCUGGAGUGUAAGAGGAAGUCAAACCUGUCGUUGAAGAAUCCCCACUACAUUAUAUUUCAACACGGAUUAACAGCUAGUGUGCACGAUUUUCAAAAUAUAGUGAAUCCGCUCUUGACGAAGCACCCCCAUUUGUUCAUAUACAUAACGUACAGCAAUCAAAGCCAUACCUUCGAAGGGGUGGAUGUCGGCACGGAGAGAAUAUGCACCGAACUCAAUUGCCUCUUUAAAAUCAUUAAUGACAAGAUCAACGUGUCUAUGAUUGGACACUCCCUCGGAGGAAUUCUAAACAGAUCUGUUCUCAUAAAUCUCUACAGAAAGAAGGUAUUUAAAAAUAAGAAACUGAUUAAUUUUAUUACUUUUGCAUGUCCUCAUAUUGGCGUCCACGAGAAUAUGGCCAUCAUCAAACUUUUUUCGAGUUACCUCGGAGCCCACACCAUUGAUGACCUAAACAAUAAGACUCCCUUGUUGCUAAAGAUCGCUAGUGUAGAGAGUAUUAACAUUUUGAAAAAAUUCGAAAAUAUCAUUUUUUAUGGCAAUGCUCAAUCGGAUUGGCUAGUCGGCAUCCGCACGUCUCUCAUUUUACCCUACACUCUUUUUAACGAGGAGCUUCUUAUGUUUAUCAUAGAGCAAUCGAGAAACGUGCCGGAGAUUCCCAUCAACAUUUUCUCCGUGGUCCAUCUCUACAUGAGGAAGAAGAAACUCCUCUUCUUUUACUUCUAUCAAGAUUUGAACAACCCCAAUUAUCUGAUGAACAGGCGCAAGUAUCAGAACCGGUUCCUGGACCAGAUGCUGCAGACAAUUAUUUCCUCGCGCAAGUUGCUCUCCUGCUCGGGGAGGAAGAAAAUGAACGCUCUUAUGAACUACGGCGGGGGAUCGAUUGCCAAGGACGACGGGAAAAAGGGGAAGGUGAAGAGGAAGAACAAGUCUCCCUGUGGGGGGAGCGCCGUUGAAGGCAAUGUAUGUGAGGAGGGCAAACUUGCCGGUAAUGUACGUGGGGAUAGCCCCUUUGGCGGAAACGUAUAUGGGGGCGACGCCAGCUCGUCCCAGUCCCGGGACGGGUACUCUAAGAGAGAAGACAGCCGCGCGUGCGAGGAGGAAACUUGCUGCAAUGCCCCUGUGCAGAUGAACAGAAGGGGGGGUUCCAUCCACACGGACGCCGAAGCACCCGUGCUGCGCAGCACCAUGGACAAGCCAUACAUGUCAGACGAAGUAAACGUGCAGAGGCUUCCCAUUCAUUUUAGGAAGAACAUCAGUACAGUAGAGACGAACCAGAGAGCACUUAGGGACAUGUACCACUCCUGCGAUAAGUUAUCCCCGAUGAAUGUUCUCACAAUCGGCACGAAUGAAGGUCGUCCCCCCCAGAAGGAUAAGAAGGGAUCCCUUUUUAAGUCGCACACCUAUGAGGACAUCCACGUGGAGAGGACUAAGAGGAGGGAAGCCACGUCCGAGAUGGUGAACAGGGAAAAGGGGAAAGCAGGUCCAGACGCCAAUGCAAACAGGAACGUGGACGUGAACUUAAUUACCAACACCCAGUGCACAGUCAACAAGACAAACAAAAUGAGCUACUAUGAUAAGUAUCUGUGCAUUCCAGAUAACUACAAACUUGUGAGAAACUCCAUCGUCAAGCAGAGUCUCCGGGGCAUGUACAGCGAUGAGAAGAUUAAGAGCUUUCAGAGUUGCUAUGUGGAGCGGUCAUCUCCAGAGGGUGGAACCGCCCUGCAAAGGAAUCGUCACACGAUCGAUCGCUCCAAGAGCAGUGGCCCCGAGAAGGGAAGCUCCAUCCCCUUCGAAGAACCCCCCCACAGUGCAAACCAAAGUGACACCCAGGAGAGCAGCAACAAGAAGAAGUUUGGUGACUACAAGAACUUUGAGAAAAUUUUCUUCGAUUGUCUCAAAAGGAAGAUUAUAAAUGACAUAAAAACGUUGGACCAUAAUUUGAAGAGGAAAAAGAAAAAAACAGACGUGGCUCCGACUAAAAGCUUUUCCUUGCAGAACACGAUAAACACACUGAAGAACUAUUCCCUGUUCUACUUGAAGAAUGGCACUGAGAGGGGCGCUGUUCAGGGGAGUACUCUACAGAUGAAUACUCUUGAGAGGAGCGGCUUGGAUGGGCGUGGCCUGCAGAGCAACCGUCGAAACUACCAGCCCAUCUCCGAGACCCCCCUUAGCAUCGUGCCCGAUCACAGCAGCUCCCUUGCGGAGGCCCCAGAGCCGGUGCACAAUGUGAAGAGCGAAUCCUGCUUUGGAGAAACCAAAAAGAAAUCAAAUGCGCCAUACUCCAAUCAAUCAAACAAGAAAAAGGAAAAAAACAUGCUCCAGCUGUGCGAAGCUAAGGGUGAAGGAUAUGAUUACAUAAGUGAGUUUUUUUACACGACGUCUGAGGAUAAUGAGGAAGACGACGCGAACGAUGAGUCGUCUGGUGAUGAGAAGUCACCUGAGCAGUCACAUGAGUACGUGCAGCAGGAGGAGUGCAGCGAGAAUCCCAAGAACAGCAUCUCCACUGCCAUUGGGGCGAAGAAGAAGUGGAAAGGAACGACGCUGCUAAAAGGAAUUACAAAAGACGACAAGAAGAAAUACAAGCAGAUCCUUUUUCAUAUCUACACCAUUUCGAGUGAAGAGCUCAUUGAAAAGUUCUGUAAAAAUCCCGAACUCCUCUACUAUGAGGUUUUGUUUUACUGUCUAAACCAGCUGCCCAUCCAGCGCUACUCGAUUUCGCUCCCCUUGUAUUCCAAUGCGCACGUGCAGAUCAUCGCACAUCCACGCGUCUGUUCGGAGGAGUCCGCCGCGGUGAAGCACUUCAUGGAGCAUUUGAUUCUCUGA